UUGAAUAAAAUUGUUCGCUCUUCCCUUGUUAUUAGUCUAUAUACACCACGGACACAUAAUCCUGAUGAGUCCCGAUAACGAUUGACACAUCAGGCAGACAUCUCCAUAUAAUUCAAUUAUUUUCCCCAAAAUAAAAAUAAAAGAAUAAGAUAAAGUAACCGGUGGGGUCCCACCACUUGGUGGACACAUCAUAUAGGGCGGGGGGGAAUAAACAUGCAGAGGAAGUUUCCUGAAGCAGCUUCUCGAUCUUCUUAUGACUUCUUUUUCUUUUAAACACUCACAUCAUUCCUCCCUCAUUAUCACUAUUCUCUUUCGUGACUCUCAGGGGACGCUCUUCUUGUCUUUCGUUUUUACUACCAAUCUUAACUCAUGGUGAGCGAUAACGGUGAGCCGAUGAUGGUAAUAACAAAUGAGUCUCAGAGAUCUGUUCCGACGCCGUUUCUCAUCAAGACCUUUAACCUCGUUGAAGAUCCUUCUAUCGACGACGUCAUCUCAUGGAACGAAGACGGUUCCUCCUUCGUCGUCUGGAACCCGACUGACUUCGCUAGAGACUUGCUUCCUAAACACUUUAAACACAACAACUUCUCCAGCUUUGUCCGUCAGCUCAACACUUACGGUUUCAAGAAAGUAGUCCCUGAUCGGUGGGAGUUUUCGAAUGAUUUCUUCAGGAGAGGAGAGAAACGUCUUCUCAAAGAGAUCCAACGUCGAAAGUUAACGCCUCAAGCAGCUGCUGUUACUCCGCCGCCUGAAGUGGUUGCUGCGGCGGCGGCGGCUCAGAGAGUUCAGACGACGAAAACGGUCGUGUCUCCGUCGAGUUCUGCGGAAGAUCAGGCGGUAUCUCCGUCGUGGUAUUGUCAAACCGGAAACAGUGGUGGUUUGUCUGUUGAGCUGUUAGAAGAGAACGAGAAGCUUCGGAGUCAGAACAUCCAGCUUAACCGUGAGCUUACUCAGAUGAAAUCCCUCUGCGAUAACAUCUUCAGCCUCAUGUCCAACUUCUCCGGAUCUCCUCCUGAUCAGAACUGUUCUCCGGGAGCUAGUAGCAGUCACGAAAGGAUGAAGCCGGUGGAGUUUUUUCCGGCGAAGCGGUUUUCAGGUGAGACGGAGGUUGAGGAAGAAGCGAGUCAUAGGCUUUUCGGUGUUUCGAUAGGGCUGAAACGGACGAGAAGCGAAGGUGUUCAGGUGAAGGCGGUGGGAGAGAGAUCCGGCGGAGGAGGGGAGAAGGAGGAGACGCCGUGGCUGAGACACUAUAAUAGGACCAAUCAGAGAGUCUGUAAUUGAACGGCUCAGAUUGUGUGUGCGCGAAGUACAGGAUCAGAGCUUUCAGACAAUAGGCACGUGUCUCGUCUGUUUCAAGAAGUUUCAUCAAUCUUGACUUCUUCUCUAACAUGUUGUCAUAAUAAAAAACGCUCUUUUUUUCAGUUUUUUCUUCCUUAGAUUUUUCUAGACUUUGCCUUUUUGACUUUUUUCAUUUCUUUUUCUCUUUUGGGGAUAUAAAAUUAUAAUAAUUGUCUA